UUGCCAGACAUUGGAGUGUACAGCAGCUGUCCUCUCAGGGUUUUACCGCCUCUGAGUCUUUGUCGAUCCCCUCUGCCACACAGCCUGCAGAGAAAGUCCCCAGGUUGCUCUGACUGUUGGGGGGCAUGGAACCGCUGCGGAAGGAGGCGAAGGAUAAUCCGUCGGCUUCAGCUAAUCUUCUCUCCAAGAUUUUCUUCUGUUGGCUGAACCCCUUGUUCAAAAUCGGGUACAAAAGGAAGUUGGAGGAAGAUGACAUGUAUAAAGUUCUCCCAGAGGAUGCAUCGGAUAGACUCGGGGAGGAGCUACAAUGGUAUUGGAACAGAGAGGUUCAACAAGCGGCCAAAGAUCUGCGCCCACCCAGACUUGCCAAAGCUCUUGUUCUUUGCUACUGGAGAUCAUAUGCACUCAUUGGAAUAUACAUCUUUAUAGGGGAAAUUAUCAAAGUCGUUCAGCCGGUGCUGCUUGGGAAGAUAAUUGAGUACUUUGAGAGUUAUGACCCCACCGACACAGCUGCAGUCUACGAGGCCUACGGUUACGCUGCUGGCAUCUCCCUGUCAACCAUCAGCCUGACCACCCUUCAUCAUCUCUACUUCUACCACGUCCAGCGAGUAGGCAUGAAGAUUCGUCUGGCCAUGUGUCACAUGAUCUAUCGGAAGGCUCUUUGUCUCGACAGCAAAGCAUUUGCCAAAACUACCACAGGACAAAUCGUGAACCUUUUAUCCAAUGACGUCAACAGAUUUGACGAGGUAACCUUAUAUUUGCACUUUUUGUGGAUUGGUCCUCUACAAGCAGCAACGGUGAUGUUAUUGUUGAUGUAUGCGAUUGGCCCAUCAUGCCUUGCGGGAAUGGCUGUAUUCUUCAUCCUGAUGCCAGUACAGACUUUGUUCGGACGCUUGUUCUCUACUCUCAGGGCUGAAACAGCAGUCUUAACAGAUGACAGAAUCCGCACAAUGAAUGAAGUCAUCUCUGGGAUCCGAGUUAUAAAGAUGUAUGGGUGGGAGAAGCCUUUCUCUGCGUUGGUGGAUGAGGUCAGAAGAAUGGAAAUCUCCAAGAUCAUGAAAAGCUCCUACCUGCGUGGCCUCAACAUGGCAUUUUUCUUUGUGGCAAGCAAGAUCAUCGUCUUCAUCACCGUCUGCGUCUAUGUACUGACAGGAAACCAGUUGUCAGCUAGCAGAAUUUUUAUGGCAGUUACCCUCUACGGGGCGGUCAGGCUCACCAUCUCGCUCUUCUUCCCCUACGCCAUAGAGACGGUCUCUGAGUCUCUCAUCAGCAUCAGACGGAUUCAAAAUUUUCUUCUGCUGGAUGAAGUUGCUCCACAGCAUCUGGGGCUUCCUGUGGCAGAGAAGAAGGACUGUAUGGUGAAGGUUCAGGAUUUAAUAUGCUACUGGGACAUGAUGCUAGACUCUCCAACUUUACAGAACGUGUCUUUCACAGUGAGACCAGAGCAACUCGUGGCAGUAAUUGGACCUGUUGGGGCUGGAAAGUCCUCGCUCCUCAGUGCCAUCCUGGGAGAACUGAGUCGGGAAAGUGGUGUGGUCAAGGUCGAAGGAGAGCUGACGUACACGUCUCAGCAGCCCUGGAUUUUACCUGGUACGAUUCGAAGCAACAUCCUUUUUGGCAAAGAGCUCAACCCCCAGAAGUAUGAUAGCGUUCUGAAAGCCUGCGCCCUCAAGAGAGACUUGGACCUGUUGUCUGGUGGUGACUUGGCGACGGUUGGGGACAGAGGGGCCAACCUCAGCGGGGGACAGAAGGCGAGGGUCAGCUUAGCAAGAGCAGUGUAUCAGGAUGCAGAUAUCUACCUGCUGGACGACCCUCUCAGUGCUGUGGAUGCUGAGGUGGGAAGGCACCUCUUUGAAGAGUGUAUUUGUGGACUUUUGCGGAAGAAGCCUCGUAUCCUGGUGACCCAUCAACUCCAGUAUCUGAAGGCUGCGGAUCAAAUUGUUGUCUUAAAGCAGGGUCAGAUGGUGGCAAAGGGGACCUACAGUGAGUUGCAGGGCUCUGGACUUGACUUCACCUCCCUGCUUCAGGAGGAGGAGGUCCAGGAGGAGGAGAGGCAAGUCACGACCCCCAUCCCUGCGACUGUCUCCCGCCUCUCCCACACGCUCUCUGACAACUCAAUGUCCUCCCUCUCCUCCUCUCAGUACUCUCUGAUUGAGGGAGCAGAGCCACUUGCAGCGGUAGUGCAAUCAACGGAGGAGGAGAGGCGCUCGGAAGGGAACGUCGGCCUGUGUAUGUAUGUGAAGUAUUUCAGGGCAGGUGCCAACUUCCUGGUCCUCUUGGUCCUCAUUUUACUCAAUGCCUUAGCACAUAUUACAUUUGUUCUCCAGGACUGGUGGCUCGCUUGCUGGGCCUCUGAACGGAAGCACAUCAAUGUGACAGAGCACCUCAAUGGCAGCUUCCCUCGGCAGCUGGACCUUGACCUGUACCUAGGUGUUUACGCAGGUUUAACAGCCACUUCAGUAGUGUUUGGCUUCCUUCGCAGCUUGGUCUUCUUUAAUGUCCUGGUGAGCUCAGCCCAAACCUUACACAACAGCAUGUUUAACGCCAUCCUCCGGACCCCGGUGCACUUCUUCGAUAUCAAUCCAAUUGGAAGAAUCCUCAACAGGUUUUCGAAGGACAUCGGUUACCUGGACUCUCUGCUCCCAUGGACGUUUGUGGACUUUAUCCAGGUAUUUCUCCAAGUCAUCGGAGUGAUUGCAGUAGCUGCCACCAUCAUCCCCUGGAUCCUUCUUCCCGUUCUUCCCCUUCUUGCUGUGUUCCUGUUUCUGCGAAGCUACUUCCUGCAGACCUCCAGAGAUAUCAAGCGCCUCGAGUCUACCACUCGGAGUCCUGUAUUUUCCCACCUUUCUUCCUCUCUCCAAGGCCUGAGCACCAUCCGUGCCUUCAAGGUUCAGCAGAGGUUUCAGAAGAUGUUUGAUGAAUACCAAGAUCUUCACUCAGAGGCCUGGUACUUAUUCCUGACCACUUCCCGCUGGUUCGCUGUGCGUCUUGAUGGAAUUUGCUCAGUGUUUGUCGCCAUCACUGCCUUUGGCUGUCUUCUCCUCAGGGAUGGACUGGAACCAGGUGCAGUGGGUCUGGCUUUGUCUUAUGCAGUGACACUCACAGGCAUGUUCCAGUGGGGCGUCAGGCAGAGUGCUGAGAUCGAGAACAUGAUGACAUCAGUGGAGAGAGUGGUUGAGUAUGCAGAGCUGGAGAGUGAAGCACCCUGGGAGACGGACAAAAAGCCCCCGCAUGAUUGGCCCACGGCAGGCUCCAUCACCUUUGACAGAGUCAACUUUUCUUACAGUGCCAGCGAGCGUCUGGUCCUAAAGAACCUGACUGUCGUCUUCACAUCCAGAGAAAAGGUCGGCAUCGUUGGACGCACCGGCGCUGGGAAAAGCUCCCUGAUCUCCGCCUUGUUCCGGCUGGCAGAACCUGAGGGACGAAUAAUGAUUGACGGUUUUCUGACUUCGGAGAUCGGGCUGCACACGCUGCGUCAGAAAAUGUCCAUCAUCCCACAGGACCCAGUUCUCUUCACGGGCACCAUGAGGAAGAAUCUGGACCCUUUCAGGCAGCACACAGAUGAGGACCUGUGGAAUGCACUCCAAGAGGUGCAGAUGAAGGCCGUGGUGGAGGACCUGCCCAGUAAGCUGGAGACGGUGCUGACCGAGUCUGGCUCUAACUUCAGCGUGGGCCAGAGGCAGCUGGUGUGCCUGGCCAGGGCCAUCCUCCGGAAAAACCGCAUCCUCAUCAUUGAUGAGGCCACGGCCAAUGUGGACCCAAGAACUGACAGCCUCAUCCAGCAGACUAUCCGGGACAAGUUUCAAGACUGUACAGUCCUCACCAUUGCUCACAGGCUCAACACUAUCAUUGACUGUGACAGAAUACUGGUUCUCGACGCCGGCAGGAUCCAGGAGUAUGACGAGCCGUAUGUGCUGCUCCAGAACCAGGAAGGGCUCUUUUACCAGAUGGUCCAACAGACAGGCAGAGCUGAGGCCGCCUCACUGCUGCACACAGCCAAACAGGUUUACACGAACAAAAAGCGAGUGACAGACGUGCGCUGUGCCAAGGACAUCCGUGUCAUCUUUGAGACGUCUCUUUGACAGUUUGGAGAGUCGCUGUGGCCCUCGCGCUCGCCAUCGCUGACCAAAAUCUUUUGCCAGAUAGAUUCCUUCCUGUGUAUUAAAAUGUCCUCAGACUUGGUGAGUGUAGUAUGUGCUGCAUUUGAUUGGCAUAGUCCUUUGGUGUGGAACAGAAAAGAGGCAAGUAUCUGCUGCAGGGUGGGCCUUUAUUGACAGCAUAUUACUGCAUGGUUGUUUAUUGAUUACACCCUGUUAUGUUUAUGUAUGUGUGUUCUAGCCUCCUGGGUAGCUUCAAUUCUGCACUGGUGCUCAAAAGAGUGCAGAUACUGGAUGUGUUUAUCCUGGUGCAAUAAAUUAUUGGUGGCUUGAAUUAUUCUUUUAAAGCAAACAUUGUUUGGUUGCACUGCAAUCUUUUUUAUUAGUGUUUGAAAAGACAAGGAGAACCUGAGAGGAGACACAAAUGUUUUCAGUAAUUAUUGUGCCUUAAUCAGACGAUUGAUUUUUUUUAAUUGCACUGUUUUAAUUAAGUACUCUUGCAGCACUUCGACGACAGCGGUUUUAUGUCUACCUCAGCUCUUGUCAGCACAGAACAGUAAAGUUUAAAUGUGACCUGUCAUGUACUGGCAAUGAUAAUGAAUAACAGAGAGAAACACAAAACAGAAGUUUGUUGCCUCUGAAAUUUUUUUUCAUCAGCGUAAUAUCAACUUUCUCUGUUUACUCUUUUGAUAAAUGGGCUGUUGUUGCUUUAAAGACCUAGAACUUUUUACUUUGGCAAUAACAUGGCAUUAAAGUCCGGGCAAAGCAAAAAUAAACAUGCGUUAUGAGUUUGUCACACCACAGAAAAAUGUGUUACUAACCCAUUUGGUUUCACAAUUGUGAAAACAUUAGCAAUAUUCUAUGCUCUGAAAUGCAGGGGGCGAGUCCGCUCAAGGUGCUGAAACAAAAAAUGUACCACUGUGUUUGUUAGCGGCUACCCAGUAGCACAAAGCGCACACUUUCCUUGAGUCGAAGAAUGAGCCACCACGCAGCAACCUUGGCAGUAACAGCGUCCUGGUCAGCAGCUAAUGUUAGCACAAAGCACACACCCACAGCAGGGAGCAUCAACUGCUGGGCCAGGUAACCGAUUCAGGCUGAAAGACUGCAAGGUACGGUAGUAACUGGCUAUUUUGCUUGUGUUUUCGUAAUUUGUGGCAUUUAAAGGAACAGUGUGUAAGACUUAGGGGGAUUUAGUGGCAUCUAGUGGUGAGGAUUGCAGAUUGCAACCAGCUGAAACUUCUCCCAAUUAGAAUUCCUUCAGUGUUCAUUGUUCAGGAGAUUUGUAUCUAGAGCUGAAUUAUUCACAGAGGCUUCCUCCUCUCCAAAACAAACAGACCUGGUGAUUUAAACCAGUAAAAACGUUGAAUAAAUCAGUUUCACGUUACAAAUCAGUGUUUCUCCGACACUGUUUAGCACUCUGCAGACAGGCCACAGGCCCAGCAUGUGCUAAUUUGUGCUCACCAUUUUUCUCUAAUAACUUAAGAUAUCUCUUCUGCUCUAAUACAAACAGACCAGGUGAUUUAAACUGAUAAACACUAAAUAAAUCAGUUCAUGCUACAAAUCAGUGCUUUUCUGACACUCUUGUCACAGAGGGGCUGCUAACUAUGGCGGUCUACACAAACACACAAAUGGCCGCAUCUAGAGCCAUUGUUUGGUUUGUUCAUUCUGGGCUACUGUAGAAACUUUGCGGUCCAACAUGGCGAUCUCAGUAGAUGAGGACCCGCUCCUUGUGUAGAUAUAAACAGCUCAUUCUAACAAAAACACAACAAUAGUUAUUUUCAGGUGAUUUUACCCUAAAGAAAACAUACUUAUUAUAUUAAAUUCCAUUUAUGCCAAUAUAUCACCCUAAACCAGGCAUGCCCAAAGUCCGGCCAGAGGGCUAAUCGUGGCCCACGAAUCAAUGGCAGGACUAUCAUACAGUUUGUAGACUUGGACCAAGUAGGAACUAUAAGGUGGAACUAAUGUGUUUUUAUUAACAGGCUGUUAAUCAAAGAAAAUAAGUGGUUACCCAACUGUAGACAUUUCCUGUUAGGUAGUAGACAUGGACACAGCAGAGAAGCGUAAAGUCAAAUGCAAGGGCUGUCGCUUUCAGGAGUAGCGGAAAGUUGAAUACCUUUUUAUUUAAAGACGAAACAAUUGACCUUUCGCUAAGCCCCGCCCCUUUGUGAUGGUCUGACAA